AUGCCCGCGCUGCGCGGCUGGCGCGCGGCGCGCGCUCUGCGCGGCUGCCGCCUUGGCGUUGCGGGCCGCCCGGCGGGUGAGCAUGCCUGUGGGCAGGUGCGACGAUUUGCGCAGGCUGCAGGUGCAAUGGUGCGGCCGAUGAUUUUUGACAUGGAUGGAGUGCUGUACAAGAACUCGUCAGUUGAAGGCCAGAUCGUCCAGCAGUUGGAACGGCAAACGCGGAAGCGUGGGUACGAGGAGACUCUGUGCCAAGAGCUCUAUGAGUACUAUGGUUCGACCAUCGGAGGGCUUGUGGCAGAGAACCUUCUGAGCAACGACGAGGAGAUCAGCAGCUUCUACCGCGACGUCUACGACGCGGUGGAUGUGAGUGCGAUCAAGGCUGAUCCACUCCUAGCCCGGCAGCUGAAGCAACUGAGGAAGGGCGGCCUGGAGCUGUGGCUCGCCACCAACUCCCCGGAGCACUUCGUGGAGCGAGUGCUGCAGGCCUUGGGGGUGCCUUCGAGUCAUUUCAGCCAGAUCGUCUACCCAGCGGCGGCGCAUGGAUGGGUGGACAAAUCCUCGAGCAGGUACUUUGCGCGCCUGCCCUCCACUGGCUGCCUUUUCGACGACUCCCUGCGGAACUGCCGCGCCUUCCGCGUCGCCAAGGGCGACAUGCGCGCCGCCCGUGCGCGGCAUGUGGCCAGGGAGGUGGACGUGAUGACUUUACUGGCGGACGAGCUGGAGGUGGUGCCAAGCGAAUGGCGAUUGGGCAAAGCUCCCUACUUACAGGCCAAAGAGCUUGUGGACCUGAAGAGCCUUAACAAGGAGGUCCUCCAACGGUUGCGGCAUGAGCUUGAACAGACCACAGGUGACAUCUCAGUGCUGGACUUGGGCUGCGGCUACCUCUCCAUGCUCCCACUCUUACAGAAGCUUCUGCCACCAGGCCGGGCUCUGCGCUACACGGCGGUGGACCGCGACCCGGUGCUGCUGGCGGCCGCGGAGCCGCGCGCGGAGCGGGCGCGGGCGCCGGGCGUCGAGGUGAUCCUGCAGUGCGCGGAUGCCGUGCAAGCUGUGCGGGACGCCUCGCCUCAGACGCUGAUCGUGGGCUGCUCCAUCUUGGACCUCAUUGAUGUGGAAGCCUUGGCGCAGGCCCUGCGGACCUACCAGGCUGGCGCGCUGCUCUACUUCCCGAUCCACUACUCGGGCACCACGGCGUUCGAGGGUUCCGCCGCGUCGGUGGCCGAGCCCCUCAGCCGCUGCUACGACGAGUCGCUCGAGACGCGGGGGCAGCUGCGCGACGUGACGGCGCUCUACGCCUCCCUGGGCGUCUCCUUGCUGCAAGGUUGCUCGGAUUGGCAGCUGAAAGGCGAUGACCCGCUGCUGAAGCAGCUGAUCUCCUUCAUGGCCGUGAAUGCCUUGGGCUUUCAACCCUGGCAGGAGGUGGCCGAAGCCGUUGUAGCUCUCAAGGCUCCGAGCUCCGCCGCGCUGCGGCCAGAGGUGCAGCUCCACGUGACGAACGUGGACUACCUCGGGCGCGUGCCACGCGGAGCGAGCAGAGGAGCGGCAGAGGAGCGGCGCGAGGCCUUGCAUCCUCGUGCCCGCGGAGCUCCACGCGCCGUGGCGGUGGAGUUCGUGGCGCCCGGUGGGCCGGCGCGCUGCGUCGAGGGGCCGGUGGAGCUGCAGGAGGGCGAGGUCCUGGUGGAAGCGCGGCUCUCAGCGAUCUCUGCUGGCACUGAGAGGCGGAUGCUGCUGCAUGGUCCGGGCGACGAGCCGCUGGACGCUACGCUGUCGAUGGGCGAGAGCACAUGGCCCAUGAGGUACGGCUACUGCCUCGUGGGCUCCACGGUCGAAGACACCGGGCGGCGCCGCGUCUUCGCCUUCGCGCCGCACGCGAGCCAUGUGGCGGUCAAGGAGGACGCCUUGCAGCUGAUCCCGGAGGACAUCACGGACGAGGGCGCCGUGUUCUUCGCAAACAUGGAGACUGCCUGCUCCUUGUGCCAGGACGCCGCUCCGGUCCUCGGGGAGCGGGUCGCCCUUUGGGGCGCCGGCACGGUGGGGGCGCUCACCGCUGCGGUGCUGCUGCGUGGUGGCUUUGAUGUGACCAUCUUCGAUCCUCAACUUGAACGUGUUGAGGCCUUGCGCCAACGCUUCCCUCAACUCUGCGGUGUGACCGCCGGAGCGGGGUCUCCCGAGCACGGUGCCUUCGAUGUGGCGCUCGAGCUGAGUGGUUCUGGAGAGGCCUUGGCGCAGGCAGUGCAAAUGACCCGCAGAGGUGGCAAAGUGGUCAUUGGCUCGCUCUAUUCCAAGGAGGUGCUCCUGCCCUUGGAUUUGCGCUUCCAUCGCUCGGAGAUGACCUUGGUUGCCUCGCAGGUGAGUCGCGUGAGUGGAGCCCUCUCCACGCGCUGGAGCAAGCAGCGGAGGGCUGAGCUGGCGUGGGAGAUGCUUCGAGAGCUGCAUCCGGAGGCCUGGAUCCCAAGCCGCAAGACCUCGGUCCUGGAGGCCCCGGAGGUCUACCGAUCCUUGCUGAAGCCCAGUCCGUCCUCGCCUGCACAAUGGAUCUUCACCUACGAUGACUUGCGCAGCUGUGCCCCAGCCAGCACAUGA